UUCAAAUAUAAAAAUACAUUUAAGACUUACAGUGUCUCGAAGAAAUUAUAAAAAGUGUGUGAAAUUUAAUUUAAUUUAUUAAACUCCAAAAUGGCUUUAAGUCGUCCUCUUGCAAGACCAAUUGUCGCAUUAAAAUUUAUAAAUGAGAAUGAUGUCUUUUACAACUCGACAGAAAUAGACAGAAUGUUAAAUCAUUGUAACGUUAAAGAUCGAAAAAUUGUUGUCUUUUCUAUAGUCGGAUCAUUUAGAAAAGGAAAAAGUUUCUUUCUGGAUUAUUGCUUAAGAUUUCUAUAUGCACACUAUUCUUCUGUGAACAAUCCUCAACCACCAAGUGGAUCUUCAAACUGGAUGGGUGAACCGAAUGCACCUCUUAAGGGAUUUUCAUGGCGCUCUGGAAGGGACCGUGACACAACUGGAAUAGUAAUGUGGAGCGACAUUUUCCUACAUACAAUCGAAAAAACUGGUGAAAAACUUGCAAUUCUUGUCAUUGAUACCCAAGGACUUUUUGACGAUCAAUCUGGAACUGCUGAGAAUUUUAAAAUAUUUGCUCUAAGUAGCUUAUUAUCUUCAAUGCAAGUAUUAAAUAUAAUGCGCGAAAUCGAUGAAAAUCAUCUUCAACAUUUAAAUUUUGCAACUGAUUUUGCUAAUUGCCUUGGAAAUAAUCAAUUGACCGGCGGGAAUGAUGCAAAAGCGUUCCAAAAGUUGACAUUUCUUUUGAGAGAUUUUCCAUAUCCAGGCGAUUAUCCUUUUGGAAUGGUUGGUGGAACUAAGUAUAUCAACGAAGUAUUAAACAUUGAAAAAACUGUUCAGAAUCAAGAAGUGUUGUCAGUUAGACAACAUAUUAAUAAUGCAUACGAAAAAAUCGAAUGCUGUCUGUUGCCACAUCCAGGAAACACUGUUUGUGAAAAUAAAAGUUAUGAUGGUCGCUUAUCAGAAAUGUCUGACAGAUCCAAAGUAGAGUUUAAAAAUGCCAUUGAGCAUCUUUUAAUGCCAAAUAAUUUGAUUCCAAAAAGAAUUAAUGGAAUAGAUUUAACAGGAUCAUUGAUGAGAACAUAUCUUGAAAAAUAUUUUCAAUUGAUUAAUUCCAACAAUUUUAAUAUAAAAUCAUUUGCUGAAGGCACAAUCGAUAAUUACAUGAAUGAAUUGAUAAAGAAAUGUGCUGCAAAAUAUGAACUUGCACAAAAAAAAUAUGAAGAUAUAAAAGAAGAAGACAAUAUCUUAGAAAUGCAUAAUCAUUUUAAGCAAGUAGUUUUAGAAGCUUAUGACAAUGAAAACAAAAUGGGUAAUCAGGGACAUAUAUUCAAUUUCAAAGAUUUAUUGAAAGAAAAAAUUAAAGAAAUGUUUAUUCAGUGGAAGUUGGGAAUGAUAUCGAUAGCAAAAGAAAAGAAGAAAACUUUAGAAGCUGAGGAAGCAAGACAAGAAGAAAAGAGAGCUAGAGAAGCUGCAGAAAAGAAAAAUGAACAAAUGACAACAAUGAUGGCUCUUAGUUGUGCUACAAAUGUGUUAAGCACUGGAUUGGGUGCAUUUGGUAAAACAGGCAAUUUGCCAUUAAUUAUACCAAGCAGUGGUUCCAAUAUGAUGCCCAAUGUCAUUGACAUGGUGUUUAAUUUACGGGAUAGAUUGAAACGAAACAAUGCAAAUGAGGAAAGCAUAACGUCAAAGAAAGUGUUUGAUAAAGUUCUUAGUUUGAGUACAACUGAUGAUAGUGACAAAGAAUAAGUUAAAUAUUUCCAGUAUUUGCUUUUUUUAAAAAAUUGUAAUAAUUAUUCACAGAAGUAACUUGAAUAAAAACAAAAAAUUAGCGAAUCGAUCACCCACCUAAAAUAUUUAAGCUAUUGAUUCCCAUAAAAGACAAAACAAAUACUUACAAUGAAUUUACAGCAUUUCGGCUGCUACUGCGUUCGAUUAAUUGCAGUUUUUCCUUAAACGACAAAUUUUCAACACCUCCGUCCUCAUCAUCGCUGUCGUCUUUCUUCUUUAUUUCUGUCUUUGGACGAUCACAUGACUUCCUACCGAAUCCGAUUGAAAUCGGUUCACUCAUCACUAAAUUAUUUGAUACGUCAUAAUGUGUUGACGAUUUUUUUAGAGCAAAUCCAGACUUUCCACCACCAACACGCUGUUUGAGCUCUGAUCUUAAGUCGAGCGGGAAUAACCCGACCAUCUUUUUUGGUUUUAUCUUUUCCGACUUUUCAUCACGAUCGUCAUCCACACAACUGUCAUUAUUAGUGCUUUUAUGAGCAUUUUCUGAUGAUUUUUCCGCAUCUGUUGCUGUUGAUGUCGAUGGUGUGCUAUUACUAUUAUUAUUUUCAUCACAUUUAUGCUUGUCGGGCGUAGCUAAUAGCGAUG